CCAACUCCUUCCUUCAGAAAAGAGCAAACUGCCGUAGCCUCCACCAAAGAAAGCAAACCCUAGCCACCGACAAUAGUUGUCGCCGUCUGUCGGAGUGAGAGACUGCUGCCGCCGUCCGUCGCACUCAAGAACUUCCGUCUUCGUGCUCUCGGGCCUCUCGCCGGAUCCUCCGCGUCGUGUGCUCGCAUCUCGCCUCUCUCCUCUUGCUCGGCUGCUCGCGCCUUCCUCCGCCAGUGAGUGCUCGAGCUGUGCGUGUUGCUGCUCCCCCACCGCUGCUCUUCUGCCGGCAUCCGUCGCGCUCAACACCACCGUCUUCGUCUGGGCGUCGAGCCCGAGUCUCCAACCCCUUUCCUCAUUAACCAAGCGCAACUUCUUCCUCGAAUUCGCCGGCCGCCGUCUUCUCUUUGUUUUCUCAGCCACGCUUUUGCCGCCGUUCGCCGUCGUGCUCGCCACCUGGUCUCCGUCUCGGUCGCGCUUCUGCCCUUCUGCUCAGACUGCUUAGAACGAAGAACCUUACCGAUAAAGGAUAAUCCAAGCCGAAAUUGAAAAACAGAGGCAGGGGAUUCUGAACUUCGAUAAUCCACUCUCCACAUAUCCCAUUUUUUCCUAUCAAGCCACUAAGUGGAAGCAUCUUCCUCACACACUCAAGUCUCACACAGCGUCCACCAUUCACAACGCCUCAAGCUCCUGCUGCGCCAUCCGCGAUUAACUGCGCCUGGAGCUCCGCGGUCCGCGUUUCACGGCGCCUCGAGCUUCGCCGUCCACGAUUUACCGCGCGCUCCACCGUCGAGUCUCUCCAUCUCGGCGGCCGACCUGCCAUCCUCUUCUCCGAGCUCUAUUGUUUCGCCGUCCUCUUCUCCAGCCCUCUCCUUCGUGGUGUUGAAAUCUCCAUCUAUGACCAGCACGUCGUAAGACUUUGGGGACUUCUAGCUUUCAUCACAUUUGAUGACUUUUCAAUGCCAAUAGAGGAAAGCAAACAAAAACAUCAGGAAGAAGGAUAUUGUGACACCUAGAGCUACAUGUCUGGAUUUUAAGAUAUUAAGUAAGGAUAAGUAAGGAUACGGAUAGUAUUUUGUUCUUAGUUUUGUUAGAAAGAUGCCAGCUUUGAUGUCAGCUAGGUUUCUUCUUCUUGUUGGAGAGUCCUUCCCCAUUAGAAGGGCAUUGGCUACUCAUAAAAAUGCUUCUUCUUUGUUGCACACAAGUAUUCAUUGUAUGAGCCAAGUGGAACCACCAAAUCAUGGUUCCUUAACCCUCUCAAGUGUUGGUUUCCAAAGUGAAGUUGAUAAACCAAUUAACAAAGGUGGCAAGUCUAGCAGUAAGGUAAAGCCAUUGUUGAGUUCAUCCCCUGGGUCCCUUAAGAGCAAAGGCAUAGGGAAACCUAUUGGUUCCAGUGAGAAGAAGAAAGCGUUUGCGAUUGUUGAGAGGAAGAAACAACAAAUUGAGGCUGCCCCAUUUGCAGCGAAAUCGUUCUCUGAACUUGGGUUGCCCCUUGUUCUGAUUGAGAGAUUGGAGAAAGAGGGGUUCAGUGUUCCAACUGAAGUUCAGUCUGCAGCUGUUCCUACCAUUCUGCAGAACCAUGAUGUCAUAAUUCAGUCUUAUACGGGUUCGGGGAAGACAUUGGCUUAUCUGCUUCCUAUACUAUCAUCUAUUGGUCCACUGAUGAACAAUGUUUCCAAGAGUGACAGUGGUGGUGAUUCUGGUGGGAAAAUGGGAAUAGAAGCAGUGGUUGUUGCUCCCUCUAGGGAGCUAGGGAUGCAGAUAGUGAGGGAGUUUGAGAACAUACUAGGAGUGGAGAACAAGAAAGUGGUUUAGCAGCUUGUGGGAGGUGCGAACCGAACUAGGCAGGAAGAAGCUCUCAAGAAGAAUAAACCUGCCAUUGUUGUUGGCACACCUGGUAGGAUAGCGGAACUUAGUGCAGCAGGGAAGCUUCGGACACAUGGCUGUCGCUAUUUGGUAUUGGAUGAAGUUGAUGAGCUCUUGUCAUUCAAUUUUCGGGAGGACAUGCACCGGAUAUUGGAGCAUGUAGGCAGGAGAUCAGGUGCAGACCCGGAUCCAAAUGUUAAAAGGACUGAGCGUCAGUUAAUUAUGGUGUCUGCAACUGUGCCGUUUUCUGUUGUAAGAGCAGCGAGGAGCUGGGGAUGUGAUCCACUUCUCGUCCAAGCUAAGAAAGUUAUCCAGCUUGAUACUGUCUCGCCUUUGGGCCCUAUCAAUUUGUCAAGGCCUUCAGUCGGUUCUACUCCAGACCCAACUAAGCCAUCUCAGGCAUCAGUAGAGAGUUUGCCUCCGGCUUUGGAACACUAUUAUUGUGUAGCGAGGUUACAGCACAAGGUCGAUACCAUGCGAAAGUGUAUUCAUGCCCUGGAUGCAAAAGUUGUAAUAGCUUUCAGGAACAACAGUAAGCAACUAAAGGAUGUCGUCUUCAAGCUGGAGGCCCGUGGAAUGAAAGCGGCAGAGUUGCAUGGGGAUCUUGGGAAGCUUGCUAGGUCAUCAACUUUGAAGAAAUUCAAGAAUGGCGAGGUGAGAGUUCUGGUGACAAAUGAAUUAUCAGCUAGGGGUUUGGAUGUGGCAGAAUGUGAUCUCGUGGUUAAUCUGGACUUACCUACGGAUUCAACUCACUAUGCACACCGAGCUGGCCGAACUGGUCGGCUUGGUAGGGAUGGUACAGUGCUAACCAUAUGUGAAGAGUCCGAAGUUUUUAUUGUGAAGAAAAUGGAGAAGCAGCUUGGAGUAACUGUGGCGUUCUGCGAUUUUGUUGAGGGAAAGAUGCUUGUCAACCAAGAAGAGAAAGCACUCAGCACUUCAAGAAAAUGAGGUUUAGUUGAGGUUUACAAAGCUAUACUCUAGGUUUUAGCUCUUGCAUAUUUUCAAGAAUAGACAACUUCUACUUGCAAGUGCAUAUUUUAAAACAGAAACUCACCUUAUAAUUUACGUUGUAAGUCAAGCAUGUCAUCAACUAUAGUUGACAGAGUCCCUCUCAUCUGCAUCUUUCUUUUUCCUCAUAUCUGAUUGUUGUUAUCAAGUUCUUAUAAUGUUUCAAAUCUGAAUUCAGUUUUUCUUUCU